GAGAGAAAGAGAAAGAGAGAGGUAGAGAGAGAGAUAGAGAGGCAGAGAGGCAGAGAGGCAGAGUAGGGGCCUGAGGAGGAGAGCUGGACAACGGGAGAGAGAAGCCACACGGAGCACAUGGACUCGCCAACGUGUUGUCUCACGGAAUUUCACCGAGCUCCUGACGUUAGCUGCCAGUUUUAGCACGGACGCGGCGCAGCUCUGUAGCUAGCAGGUCACACUCGGCUGUAAAUUUGUUGUUUAUUUUUUGGCUUUUGUGAUUUUGGGGGGUGGGUGUGGGUGUGGGUGUGGGUGUGGGUGUGGGGUGGGUUUGCCCACGUAACGUUGUCUUUGCCCACGUAACGUUGUCUUUCUAUACAUUACUCCAGUCAGGUUACUGUUGGAAGUAAACAGUGAGGGGACGUUAAUGUCUCUGAGGAUGGCGGCUAGCUAACCUGUGUCUGGCAGACCAGUAUUUGUGACCGGUUUGGGUUGAAAUGUUUGAUUCCCAUUGAAGAUGCCAUGCCGGAACCUGUAAAACUGCCGUUAACGCUAGGCUGCUAGCUAGCCUUAGUGAUUUAGAGCGCCAGAGAGUUGUGAGCUCCUACUUCUGAUUACCUAACCAUAGCCUACCGAAUACAGCUGCUAAAAUGAGAGGGGUAGCGCACAUAUAGCUACUGUUUUUAAAAAUGACGAGGGAUUGGACUGUUGUAAAGAAGGCAGAGCUCGCAUUAAUGAAGUAACUGCUCCAGUUCAGUGGCUAAUUCAGUCAGCCUCACUCAGUGGCUCGACACCAUCGUACUGGGCUUUGUGUGAAACGUUACUUAGCUAGCUAGUUAGCUAAAUCUGUAUCCCCGCUACUUGACAGAAAGCUCCCAGCCGCUCAGCUGUAGUCUGAGGCUGUGGUGUAGGCUCUCCGUGCUCUGAGGACUGUGUUAGGGCGAAACGCUGCAGUUCAUGUUUCGACAAGAAGUCAGUGUGCUGUCCUUCAUUCCGUCUUGUUCGUACCUUUUCCAAUACGAGAAGAGGAACAUGUCUCGGUAUAACAUAUACAGCCUGCUGGACUGGGUGUACGGUGGGGUGGACCCCAAGUUCGAGGGUAACGGAGGCCCCGAGUGCGCCGCCUUCAUCACUCCGCAGCAGCGGUUGUGCGAAAGCCUCAUCAUCGUGGUCCUGUCCGUCGUGGAGGUGGUCGCGGCGCUCAGGAAAAUCAACGUCGCCAAGCAGCACAGAGAAGCGGUGAAGGACGGGCGGAACAAUAAAGAGGACAGUUUGGGGAAGAACCUGUUGCUCGUGGCUCUGUGCAUGACAUUUGGCGUGGAGGUCGGGUUCAAGUUUGCUACCAAGACGGUCAUCUAUCUUCUGAACCCCUGUCAUGUCGUCACCAUGGUGCAGAUCUUUCUGCUGGCCUGUCCGCCUGGUAAAACAGCUAUGGUCAUCUUUAGGCUUCAGGUCCACAUGCUGAAUGGUGCCCUAUUAGCCCUUCUUUUCCCAGUUGUCAACACAAGACUACUUCCCUUCGAGAAGGAGAUCUACUACAUCCAGCACUCCAUGCUUUACCUGGUGCCCAUCUACCUCUUCAGAAAAGGAGGUGUGUACAAACCGGAGCCACUGAGUGACAUGUGGUGGGCGGUGUUAUCUACAGGCAUCCUCUUCCUCUACCAUUUUGUGUUCCUGCAGGGGCUGGGAAUGGUGACUGAGGUGAACCUGAACAACAUGCUGUGUCCAGCUGUCUCAGAUCCCUUCUAUGGCCCCUGGUAUCGAGUGUGGGCAACCGGUCACCAGACCCUGCUGACGCUGGUGCACGGCAAAGCACUGACCAUCCUCUCUCAUCACACAGCGCCUGCCCUGCGCCACCUACUGGACGCAGCACGCCUUCGCACCAAGAAAGUGGACUGAAGCUUCAUGAGGGCCACGCCACCACCGGCGUACACACAAGCACGAAACCUCACACACUCCCGCACUCGGCGACCAUCGUGCCGUCAUUCUGAACUCCAAACUCAUCUGUUAUCGUAUUGACAAGUGGUCAGUAAUUGUGUGGCUCCUGUGUCUUGAGCAGGAGUAAACAGUUGGUCAGUGUUUUUAUUGGAAUAUUGAAAAGAAGUCAGAGUCUUUUACUGAGAUCAGUAACUGUGCGAAACUUGCCUUGUUUCUGGGGGAGGUUUUUUAAAACGGAGGUUCUGGUAACUUUACAAACCGACACUUUUUUCUCAGUUGCCUUAUUUGGUUUAUGUUCUUUUAACAGUGAUUUGGGGCCAACACAGUGUUUUUGAUGUUUCCGUGUUAGUCAGAUCACUCGACCCCCCUAAACUGAAUGGUCAUUCCUACAGUUUCAUCUACGCUGUAUUUUGUCAAAGCCUGUUCAUCAUGUCUCAAUCAGAAACGUUCUAUUUGAAGACAGUUAAUGCAUAUUAACUUUAACACGUUGUAGAAAGCAUCUAUGUGACGAUAUUGUGUUUGUAUCGGAGAUGUGUGGUGCUUUCAAGCCUUCUACUGUUCACUUCUGUGACUUUCUUCCUUUUGCAUGUAAAUAGUCAGCUUUUGGAACGACUGAGCCGAUCACCUCACUACUACUCCCCAUCCACGAUAAGACACAAAUGCAGCCUCUAUUGACUGUAAAGGUAAUUCUGUUGUUGAUGGCUUAAAUGUUGUCUAUCAGUGGUGAUAUAAGGGAAGAGAUGGGCUUCACUGUAUUGGACAUAGCUGUGAUCCACUUUUAAGGGAAAGUAUCCCCCCAUCCCCCACUUACAGGGAAUUAUUUUUCUUAAAUAAUGCCUCAUUGUUUUCUUGCCUCCUUGGGCAUUUUUCAGCCACAAUUUAAUUUCAGUUUUGUAGUGUUCUUGUCAUAAUGACAUAGGCUAUCUUUUUCUUUUCUCGUCUUGAAAUAACACCCUACUGUAACUGCAUAGGGCACAGUACACAAAUAUUGAAGGAAAAGUAACUGGUAUCAAAUGACCACGUUGCCACGCCCUGAACGAUUUUUUUUUAAACUGUGAAAACGUCUACUACAGUCACCUUUACGUAACUUUAAAAGCCAAGAACUGAUCUACUUUAUCAGUUACCAUUUUUCUAGUGGUCAAAUCUUUAAGUUAGCAAGCAACCUCAUAGUAAGGGAAAGGAGACACAAACAUUAAGAAUAGUUUUGUCUGCUUUGGUGAGAAUAGAACUACGUAGGUUUCCACCAAUUUACCCCAUCACUCCAGUUUCAGUGCUUUCUCACUUUUCAGAGUUUGGUGCUCUCCUGUCGAGCAUUCACACAAAACUCAGAUAAAACAGUCCUAAUUGGUUAUGUAUGUUUAAGCGCUGCAUCUCCAAGGGUACUGGUGGAAUCCAGAUGGUUUUUGCCUCCAAGAGACAGAACCUUGUGGAUAUUUAGACAACGCUUCUGACUGAAAGGGAAUUUUGUGAAGUUGUCUUUGUACAUAUUUUUCGUGAAGUAUGCAUUGUACUGUGUUAAAAAAAUAAAAGUUCUUCCUCAA